AUGGCUGAAAUGCAGAACUUCACGUGGGCAGUGGAGGAUAUCUUCAAGGAAACCUUUCUCACAUACAUGAACAGCUGGAGGAGAAACAUGACAGAAGCCACAAACAAACUGGAAGCUGAAGUGGCUGCUGAGAACUUUGACUAUGUCAUCCUUUACUUGAUGGUGAUGAUUGGUAUGUUCUCCUUCAUUAUUGUGGCCAUCCUGGUGAGCACUGUGAAAUCCAAGAGGAGAGAGCACUCCAAUGAUCCUUAUCACCAGUACAUUGUUGAGGACUGGGGGGAGAAGUAUAAGAGCCAAGUCCUGAAUCCAGAAGACCUCAAGGGUAUGAUCCAUGAAAACCUGGGGGCAAGGGAGAAAACAAGUCCUGAAUCACCAUGA